AACCAAAUUAAUUCCCGUUUCAAGUCCGCAUCUGAGAAACCAGAUAACAUCGGAACCUUUCUUACAACUGAACACAGGAACCUGAGAGGACAAUCCGAGGUCUCCCCAGGUCCACAGAUCGUGACCCGGUCGCCGCCGUGGAUGGGCCAAGCACCUUCCACUCCCGCCGCCGCUCCCGACCACUCCUCCAAAUCCAAACUCAAACCAACGGUCCUGAUCUCCCCGCCGCCGCCGAUGCACGACGACCAGGCCAACUCACCACCACCACCUCACGAUCUCAUCACAGAUCGUGUAGUAUCCUCCGAUGAUGACCACAUCUCGACCCUCCCCGACGAGUGCCUGGCCUGCGUCUUCCAGUCCCUCUCCUCCGGCGACCGGAAACGGUGCUCCCUCGUCUGCCGCCGGUGGCUCCGGGUCGAGGGACAGAGCCGCCACCGCCUCUCCCUCCACGCCCGCUCCGAUCUGCUCUCUGCGGUUCCUUACCUCUUCGCCCGGUUCGAUGCGGUGACGAAACUCGCUUUGAAAUGCGAUCGGAAGUGUACGAGUAUCGGCGACGACGGUCUCGUACUUAUCUCGCGUCAUUGCCGGAACCUCACUCGUUUGAAGCUACGUGCUUGCCGUGAACUUACCGACGCCGGUUUGGCGGUGUUUGCGAGGAAUUGUAAGGGGUUGAAGAAGCUGUCCUGUGGAUCGUGCACGUUUGGGGCCAAAGGUAUGAAUGCUGUUCUCGAUACCUGCUCGUCGCUAGAAGAGCUAUCGGUGAAGCGGCUCCAUGGCCUCACGGACGGAGAGCCGGCAGCAGAGCCGGUUAGGCCCGGUGUCGCAGCAACAUCUCUCAAAACUAUAUGCCUGAAGGAGCUUUACAAUGGUCAGUGUUUUGGUCCUCUAAUCAUCGGUUCAAAAAAUUUAAGAACUUUAAAGAUUUUCAGGUGCUCCGGUGAUUGGGAUACUCUUCUAAAGCUAAUCGCCAGUCGAGUAACAGGUAUGGUUGAAAUUCAUCUCGAGAGGCUUCAGGUUAGCGAUACCGGGGUCACGGCAAUAUCUAAUUGUAUGUAUCUUGAAAUCCUGAACCUUGUGAAGACCCCUGAAUGCACAAAUUUGGGGCUUAAGGCGGUCGCAGAGAACUGCAAGCUGUUGCGUAAGAUUCACAUUGAUGGAUGGAAGACGAAUCGGAUAGGCGAUGAUGGUCUAAUUGCUGUUGCUAAACACUGCCCAAAUCUUCAAGAACUUGUCCUAAUUGGUAUAAAUCCGACCAGAUUAAGUUUGGAGUUAAUAGCUGCGAAUUGCCAAAACCUAGAACGGUUGGCAUUGUGUGGAAGUGAGACCGUAGGUGAUGUGGAGAUUUCUUGUAUUGCUGCUAAAUGCAUAACAUUGAAGAAGCUUUGUAUAAAGAGUUGUCCUGUAUCCAAUCAUGGUAUGGAAGCACUGGCACGCGGUUGCCCUAAUUUGGUGAAGGUGAAGGUGAAGAAGUGCAGGGGAGUGACUUGUGAAGGUGCAGAUUGGUUAAGGACAAGUAGGGGAUCUCUGGCAGUCAAUUUGGACACCGGUGAGAAUGACCAUCAGGAUGCGAGUGCUAGUGAUAGUAAUGCCCACGAAAAUGGUUUGGAAAUGCCACCCCCACCAGUGGCUGCCCAAGAUGGUGGUGGUGGGGCUAACGCUGCAUUGAGCGGCGCUGGUCGAUCAAUGUCAUUCAAGGCAAGAUUAGGCCUCACUGCAGGGAGGAACUUAGUGGUUUGUACUUUCAGAAGGUGGUCAAGCUUUACCAGCAGUUCCCGCCAUAAUUAAAGAAGGAGACUAACUUGAAUCUGGGGGAACUGAAACAUUUACAUCAUUUUGCAUUAUAUUUACCUGUUUCAAUCUUCGUUGUAUUCUUGUGUGCUUUGUAUUGUCUUCUACAUUUAAUUUUCACUGUUGGGACCUUGGGCUUGGGCUUGGGCGUGAUUUCAAAUCUUUAUGUUUCAGUGUGGUUAUUGCAAUGUCCCUGUUUUCUUAUCAUAUCAACAGGAAAAAGAAAUUGUACUUAUUGAUUUGACAGUCUUUCCAACAUUAGUUUAUAACAGCAGACUCGAGUGGAUAUGCCAUAA